AUGGCGCGUUUGCGUCGUCUUCGCUGGCCGAUUCUAGCGAUCAUCCUUCUGGUAGCCGCCUUCACAUUCUUCGGCAAAGUAAGGCCGUCAUUCGAGAUCCCCAUCAAGCAGUCAUUCGAAGAGCCAGACGAAUAUUCAAAUAGUGAACCUACCGAGGCGCCUCUCCGAGAUCCUAUAGGCCAACCACUUCAAGAACCUGUCGCGCAUCCAAGCCCUACGAUAACUCUUUCGCCAGAUGAUGAAGCUUGGACGUUCGAUACGAAGAGGGAUAGUCUAAAUUAUGGCCUUUCCGAUAGCCAAUGCGAGAAAGCUUUUCCCGAUCUGUACCAGGAACUCGACCGCGCCCGAAAUUUCCUUCUCGAUCGAAACAGACGAGUCAAAGAGUCCGAUGUUCAUAUCGACGCUAAAAAGGAGUAUACAGGUCUCUCGCACGGAGAGUUCCACGUUAUGAUUACGAAUGGCGAACUCUACGUCAUUAAGGAGAAGAAAGGCGAACCGGAUCGCUCCCGAGGCCUCGCAGCUCUUGCAAGCAUGUAUCGCGCCAUAGCCGCUAUCCCCGAUUCCCGAUCCCUUCCGAACGUCGAAUUCGUCAUGGAUAUCGAAGAUCGGGCGGCUAAGGGGGAAAAGAACGAAGAGCGCAUCCGAUGGACCUGGGCACGCGACGAGGAUAACGAAUGGCUAUGGGUUAUGCCCGACUUCGACGGAUGGAGUUAUCCCGACGACGGCGUAGGAUCCUACGUGCAGUUCCGCGAAGAUGUGAUGGACGUGGAGGCUGAAUACCCCGGCGGGUGGAAUGAUAAGGAAGACAAGCUAUGUUGGCGAGGGAGCCUAGCCGUGAACCGUAAGCUACGAACCGCCUUGCUAGAGGCUUCGAAGGGACAGGAAUGGAGCGACGUCGAGGCCAUCGAUUGGCACAAUCGUUCGAAUAUCAUGGCCAUGAAGGACUUCUGUCGUUUCAAAUACGUCGCGCAUACCGAAGGCAAUUCGUGGAGCGGGCGGCUGCGGUAUCUACAGAAUUGCGAGAGCGUCCCGGUCAUUCACAAGCUGAAUUAUAUCUUCCAUUACCAGCCCCUUCUAAAAGACAGCGGGCCUCACCAAAAUUACGUCAAAGUAGGACGUGACUGGUCAGAUUUGAAAGCGCAAAUGGACGGGCUCGCUGCCGAUCCCGAUCGAGCGCGGCGGAUCGCGAAAGAGUCGACGAAAGUAUUUCGAGACCGCUACCUUACACCGGCCGCCGAGGCUUGCUACUGGAGACGCAUGAUUCAUAACUGGCGCGCCGUGAUGGAUUUCGAACCGCGACGAUACGAGACGAAUAAAGACGGGGUCAAGGUUAGACGAGGCAUGAGUUGGGAACGGUUCGCCUUUAGACAAAGCAAAAGCUUCGAGCAUGGAUUUUGGGAGUCUGACGGCGGCGACGCGGACUGA